AUGUACGAGCACUCCCUCCCUAGCUCCUCUGGCUAUACACCCUCCAGUGCCUCAUCCCCCUCCCUCCCCUCUUACCAUGGCCCUGUCAAAAAACAUGUGGGUGGCACACCCACUCCCUCCCAGCAUGCUGCCUUAAAUGGCGGCAUGACCACACUCCUCAAUGACCCCACCCUGUGGACUCAGUACCUCGCCACCUCAGGCCAGAUCAAUAAUGCCACAUAUAUGCAGGUCACAGCCCUGCCCUCUGUACCUCAGCUGGACCCGCUCCGGCUGUCCAACGAGGAGAAUGCCUGCUUGCGAACGGAGAGAGACAUCCUCCAGGGCAAGUACAACAUCAUAAAGCAACUCUAUGACUCUCUGCUCACAUCCAAAGCCCAGCCGGCCCUUGUUGCCGGCCCUGUCUCCCCUCCCUCCUUCGACGAGCUCGAGUUCUGCAAGAAGUACGAGAAUAUCAAGUUCUACACCAAGGGCAAAGUCUCGAUGAAGCAGCUCUGGAGGGAGUGGGCCACCGCCAUGAAUGGCCCCAGCUGUCCGCUCAAGUGGAAGCAGACUCCCCACAACAUGGCUACUGACUUCAUCACCAGGAUUGAGGUGCAGUUCCUGUGGGCUGGGAUUUGCCUCGGUCACUGGAAACUCAACAGGUUGUGCUCGGUCAAUCUCCUGGGCUUCAAGACCAACCACCUUGACAAUAACGGCUGCUUCAAGAUCUCUUCCGAAGAUGGCGUCAAGAAGGAGGAGGAGAAUUUGGAGGGUAUUUUGGAAUCGAAAAAGCGUAAAGCUGAGAACAUUGGUGAUGGCGACAAUGCUAGCGCUUCCCCGCCAGCGCCAAAAUACGCAAAAGCAAGACGUGAGCCUGCGUUGUCCAAGGAUGGCACUGACAAUGACACUGACACCCUCAACAUGAAUGCAAGCGCAACAAAACCGUCCCUGUCUCAACCUCACCUCUCCUCCCUCGCCAGACAAACUCGAAGCAAGUCGGCGCCCCUCAAGGAGACACACACUGCGUCUUUGCAGGCACUUCAUCCCUCCUCGCAGCAUGACUAUAAUAAGAACAUUGGCGGCGCCAAAGAGGCGAUGAAGGCAGCGGAGGCGAGGCGCAAGGAGGGCCUUGAGACAAAGGAAAGGGACAGCAAUCCAAGCAGCAAGGGCAAGAAGCCGACACCCAAGCCCUUGCUGCCCGUUGCUGUCCCCACUCCUAUCGCCUCGCCUACUCCUGACACCCAUUCUGAGCAAGCGGAGCAGGCAUUGACUCCUGCUCCGCCCACCUCGACCGUCUCCGAAAGCAAGACUCCCACCAAGCCCACUGAGAUUGCCGAGACACCCGCAAGCAGUGCAUCCAAGGCCGUCUCUGCCACGGAGGGAAUUGCUUUCAAUGUGGAUUUUGAAUCCUAUCAACCGACCAAAGCCAAGACCGGACGAACCUGUGCACCUUUCGGUGGCUCAAGCACACAGCCACGGACAAAACAAAAGGAACCACAAAAGAAUUUUCAAGCUACUGGUGUAAACUCAUCUUACAACAUGGACACGGAGACUCUGCAUGGCUGGGUGGCUGUAAUAACAUAUGUACUAGAUGGUGAUCUAAUCAAAAUCAAUCAGAAUCGAUCCGACUAUCCAGCAGUUCUAGACGUGGCUAUACCAAAAUAUCUGCUCCAGCGUGGUUCUAUCUACUUUUAA